UGGGUGAAGCAGCUCUUUCUGGUAGCUUCGGGUCGCUUAGCUCUGGAAGCACCAGCCCUUUUUCUCCUGCAGGGUAACCCGACUGAAAGGCGGAUUCCGUAGCUGAAGGCGUUGCAACAGCUGCUGGCCAGAGGCAGAUCGCAGUAGCAGCUCAUCAAAGCGGAAAUCUGAACUUGAAUUCGGUGCAGCUGAUUGUUAGAGCUGGUCUUGAAGUCCUGAGCUCCAGGAUCUGUGAGGCCCUGUGGACCGAGAUCUACCCUACCCUGGAGGCCAGCUUUCUCCUGGAAGGACACAGGUUGCAGAGGCUGGAAAUACAGGCUCACUCCAGCGUCCUAGCUAGUAUCUCCUACUGAGAUUCGAGACUGCCGCGUGACUGAAGAAAAAGCGAUUUUUCUAAAACUUCCUGUGCAUCACAUAUUAAGAUAUCCUAAAGCCGUUGUCAGCCAUGACUAGCCUCCUUUCACGUUUGGCUAACAGCCGGGGGCAGAACCCACCCCUGCCCCCUUGGGCUCAUACCAUGAUGAGGUCCCUGGGCAGGAGUCUCGGUCCGCUAAUGGCCAGCAUGGCAGAGAGAAACAUGAGGAUGUUCUCUGGGAGGGUAGAGCUAACUCAGGGGGAAGAAACCUUUGAAAACUGGCUGAGCCAAGUCACUGGGGUCCUGCCUGAUUGGCAUAUGUCUGAGCAGGAAAAGGUCAGGCGCCUAAUGAAAACCCUUAGGGGCCCUGCCCGGGAGGUCAUGCGUUUGCUCCAUGCUUCCAAUCCCGGCCUGAAUGUGGCAGAAUUUUUGCGGGUAAUGAAACUGGUCUUUGGAGAGUCUGAGAGCAGUGUGAUAGCCCAUGGUAAAUUUUUUAAUAUGGUUCAAUCAGGUGAAGAGAAAACAUCCCUGUAUAUGAUCCGUUUGGAGUCGCAGUUGCAGAAUGCUAUCCAGGCAGGGGUCUUUGCUGAGGAGGAGGCAAACAAGGCACGCCUGCACCAGCUCCUGGUAGGGGCUGAUCUCAGUAGAGACCUUCGACACAGGCUUAAGGGGCUUCUCAGGAUGUAUGCAAAUGAUCCAGAGAGCCUUCCCGAUUUCCUGGAGGUGAUCAGGAUGAUAAGGGAGGAGGAGGAUUGGGAGGACACUUAUAUUAAACAGAAGCGGCCCAGAAGAGCUGAGCCAGUGUUGGAGAGGGCACCCAGUCCAGUGACAUUUCAGCCCCCCCCACCAAUAAUGAUCAACAAUACUGACGGCGAUGUGAUAGAGAUAGAUGACUCUCCGGAUGAUUCAGAUGACGAUGUGAUCUUGGUGGAGCCUGAGGACCCACCACUGCCAUACGCAAGUGCCGCCCCCGUUGCAGGCAGGGCUGUUCCCGAGGACCAAGUGGUGGUCAUUGAGUCCCCCCCCAUUUCUGAGAUUCAGUCUCCUUCCACCAGCAGUGGUUCUGGGCGUCCGAACAAUAGUUUGGGGGAGGUGCGUAGAACCAGGAAGCGGAGACACGCAGUUCACUGCCCCGUUUGUGGCGAGGAGGGCCACUCUGAAGAAGCCUGUGAGGCCGCAAGGGCCCCCCCCGUCUUAUGAGUUUGUCGCCGUGCAGGACGUGCCCCAACCUGAGGAACCGAGGGCAAGAGAGGCUAUUUUUGGACCCUUUUUCUUCUGUGAGCCACAGUAAGAUGCUCUCCUCCAGCCUCGAAUUAACCCUUACCUGUAUUCAGAGUUCAAUGACGGAGAAGUUGGGGGGACAGACUUGUAAAUGCAUGAAGAAAUCCACAAAGUGGCUUUCUUUUGCGGGUAGAGAAAGGGUCUUCAACACCAGGACAGUAGAGAGAAAUGGUCUGAUCUUUUGCGGGUAGAGAAAGGGUCUUCAACACCAGGACAGUAGAGAGAAAUGGCCUGAUCCAUCUGUGGCCCUGUUCCCUUUCCCCACUGCCUGAAUCUACUUUCUGUGUGCACCCAUCCCCUUGGUGAACUUAUUCUCUUUGUGAAAGUGCUAUUGUUCUCUGUUCAAUCUUCAAGUAAGAAAAAAAGCUAUUUAACAAAGUAAAAAUUAUCCAGAACUCUCUACCCUGUGUACCAAUUAUCAGCCCUUUGGUGACUAUCCUGCUAAAUACUUCUCUGUACCUAUGUUCCUAGAUAGGAAUGUGUAUAGACAAAAGUGAUCGAAUAGAAGUGUUGUUCUAUAUGCUGUAUUUUUUCACCAAAAUGUAUGUUGUGGCCUUCUGUGUCAAUAAAUAUAUACAAUGUGUCAG